AUGGAGAUUUUGACGAGCAUAGCUAUGGUAGUAGUAACCAUGAUCUUGAUCGUUUUGUCUUUGGCAAUCUAUGUCACGAUCAGUAUCUUCACCGGACAAUCAAGAAACAACAAAGAAUAUGCUCCAGUACACGCAACAAUCUUCGAUCUUGUCUCCCACUUAGACCAUUCAUACGACUACGAGACAGAGAUCGCAAGAACAAAACCAACUUACAGGUUCUUGAACGUAGGGCAAAGCAUGGUAUUUACUACAGAUCCUCGUAACGUGGAGCAUAUUCUCAAGACAAGAUUCGACAACUAUAACAAAGGACACUGGUUUUGUGAGAAUCUUGGUACUCUUUUUGGACAUGGGAUCUUUUCUACUGAUGGUGACAAAUGGAAACAACAGAGGAAACUCGCAAGCUUUGAGUUUACUGCUCGAGUUUUAAAAGAUUUCAGCUGCUCUGUUUUUCGAAGAAAUUCAUCUAAGCUUAUUGGUUUUGUCAACCAGUUUGCUCUCUCUGGAAAAGAUUUUGAUGCUCAAAAUAUGUUCAUGAGAUAUACGUUGGACUCGAUCUUUAAAGUUGGGUUUGGUGUGGAGUUGGGAUGUUUGGAUGAGUUUAGCAAAGAAGGAGAAGAGUUUACGAAGGCUUUUGAUGAUGCUAAUUUUGCGACUAGUUCUAGAUUUUUUGAUCCGCUUUGGAAGCUGAAAUGGUUUCUUAAUAUCGGAUCACAAUCUAGACUUCAGAAGAGUGUUGCUACUAUAGACAAGUUUGUCUACGGUCUCAUUACCACUAAAAGGAAAGAGCUUGCCACGGGACAGAACAUUGCUGUUAGAGAGGACAUACUAACGAGAUUUGUAGUGGAAAGUGAGAAAGAUCCGGAGAACAUGACUGAUAAGUACCUGAGGGAUAUAAUCUUGAACUUCAUGAUUGCUGGGAAGGACACAACCGCUGCAACUCUCUCUUGGUUCUUUUACAUGCUCUGCAAACACCCACUUGUUCAGGAGAAAAUCGUACAAGAAAUUAGAGAUGUGACAUCAAGCAACGAGAAAACAACCGAUGUAGAUGAAUUUGUUCAAACUAUAACCGAAGAGGCUCUUAAUGGAAUGCAAUAUCUCCAUGCAGCAUUGUCUGAGACAUUGAGGCUUUACCCUCCUGUGCCUGUGGACACCAAGGUGGCAGGAAGUGAUGACAUUCUUCCAGAUGGAUAUAGAGUGAGCAAAGGGGAUAGUGUCUCCUACUUGGGCUAUGCAAUGGGUAGGAUGACUUACAUUUGGGGUGAAGAUGCUGAGGAAUUUAAGCCAGAGAGAUGGCUUAAGGACGGCGUGUUUCAACCCGAAUCAUCCUUCAAAUUCGUUAGCUUUCAUGCUGGUCCAAGAACCUGUCUUGGCAAGGAUUUCGCAUACCGACAAAUGAAGAUAAUAUCAAUCUCACUUCUUCACUUCUUCCGCUUCAAACUGGCUGAGAACGCCAAAGUGCAUUACAAGACAAUGCUUACACUUCAUAUGAAAAAUGGACUCCAUCUAUGUGUAACCCCGAGGACGACCGCUUCAUUUUGA